ACAGUCUCGCGAGGACGUACGGGGCCCGGGCGCGGCCUGGCGCCUGCGAGUGCCCCGGAGCUCGGGGCCCGCCGCCGCCACCUCCGCAUCCCGGGCCUGCGAGGGUCCGCGCGGGGCGAGUCCCCGGGCGGGUCCGUCUGUGCCCGGCGCCGGCCUCGCGCCGUGCCGACCUCGCGCCGUGCCGACCUCCUGCUCCCCCAGGCGCAGCCGACCCCCCAGCUGCUUGUCCCCGCGUGACUCUGCGCGGUCGGCGCCUGGGCCCUGGGGACCCACCCCGGCCCGGCCUCUUCCCGAGCUGAGCUGACCUCUUCAGGCCUCCGUUCCGCGUCUGUUAACUGGGUAGGGCCGCGGUGCCUGCGUCCUCGGGAGCCUGUGGGACCUCAUGAGCCUGCAUGUCAGGUGCUCGCCCGGUAUCUGCCGGUCUCCUGGUGUAGCAUGGACCCGGUUGCCACCCACAGCUGCCACCUCCUCCAGCAGCUGCACGAGCAGCGGAUCCAGGGCCUGCUGUGUGACUGCAUGCUGGUGGUGCGCGGCGUCUGCUUCAAGGCACACAAGAACGUGCUGGCCGCCUUCAGCCAGUACUUCAGGAGCCUCUUCCAGAAUUCCUCAGGUCAGAAGAAUGAUGUUUUCCACUUGGAUGUGAAGAACGUCAGCGGCAUAGGGCAGAUCCUCGACUUUAUGUACACUUCACACCUCGACCUCAACCAGGACAACGUCCAGGUCAUGCUUGACACAGCCCAGGGCCUGCAGGUUCAGAACGUCCUCAACCUGUGUCAUGCCUUUUUGAAGUCGGCCUCUGUGGAGCAGCCCAGUCUGCCCUGUGGUAGCUCCUUCUCCCUGCAGGGUGCACUGCCCCCCGACACCACUUGUGUUCUGAAUGAGAGCUACCCGCCGCCUCUCCUGCCCGAGUGCCCAGUGGACACCCCGCAUGGCAAGGUUCUGGAGGACAUGCACGCCCCAGCCCUGCCUGUCGGGCUCCAUCAUGCCACGGGAGAGAUGGCCAAACAGGCCUCCGAUGUGCUGGAUGGCAGCUGCCCCGAGCUGCCUGGCAAACAGCCCGGUUACUGCUACAAGCUCCGGGACUUCUACAGCAAGCAGUACUACAAGCAGGCUGCUUGUCCCAGCCACGAGCGUGGGGCCGAGCAGCCCUUUGUGUUCCCUUCCUCCACGGACCUCCCUGUGGUGGAGACCCAGUCGUGCACUGUCAGCCACUCCGAGGGCCUCCUGGAGUCCUCCGAGCAUCUGCCCUCCGCCUUCCUGGCCCCACCACUGAGUGACGCUGCCCCCGACGCUGAUGCUGACACCCCUUGCCAACAGCCAACCAAGCAGAUGCAGCUCAAGAAGGCUGUUCACCUGAAGAAGCUCAAUUUCCUAAAGUCGCACAAACUGGCAGAACGAUCGUCAGAACCCAAGUCAGGUGAUGGCUUAACCAAAGGACCGGAAUCUGGUGAGAAUGCGGGAGAGCGUGCAGGCAGCCACAGCACAGAAGCAGAGGCAAGUGGGGCCCUCAGCUCCGAGCCGCUGCACAGUGGCCCUGAAGUGGAGGUGCCCGAGGCGCCUGCCACUGUGGAGGAGCAGUCACAGAGCCUGCAGCCCCAAAGGCAAUACGCGUGCGAGUUGUGCGGGAAGCCUUUCAAACACCCCAGCAACCUGGAGCUGCACCGGCGGUCACACACAGGUGAGAAACCUUUUGAAUGUAACAUUUGUGGGAAACAUUUCUCUCAGGCAGGUAAUCUGCAGACUCACCUGCGCCGGCACUCUGGGGAGAAGCCGUACAUCUGCGAGAUCUGUGGAAAGAGGUUUGCAGCCUCUGGUGACGUCCAGCGUCACAUCAUCAUCCACUCGGGGGAGAAGCCACACCUGUGCGACACCUGCGGUCGAGGCUUCAGCAACUUCAGCAACCUGAAGGAGCACAAGAAGACACACACGGCCGACAAGGUAUUCACCUGUGACGAGUGUGGCAAGUCCUUCAACAUGCAGCGGAAGCUGGUGAAGCACAGGGUGCGGCACACGGGCGAGCGGCCAUACAGCUGCUCGGCCUGCGGGAAGUGCUUCGGGGGCUCCGGCGACCUGCGCAGGCACGUUCGCACGCACACCGGGGAGAAGCCCUACACCUGUGAGGUCUGCGGCAAGUGCUUCACGCGCUCUGCCGUGCUGCGACGGCACAAGCGCAUGCAUGGCAAGGCGGGCGGCGACGGUAGCCCCGACGCACUGCGGGGGCUGGGCCCAGCUAUCGAGGUGCCCGAUGCGGACAGGUCGCGGAGCUCGGACUCCUUCUCACAGGACGUGGCUGGGACCUUGGUGCCAGGGCCAGGCAGACUCCCGGGCCACACGGCCGACGCCUCCAUGCCAGAAUUCGACGGGCAUCCUGCAGACGGCGGCUACUGUAAGCUGCAUGCUGCGGUCCCCGUCCAGGGCACGGGCGUGCAGGAGAAAGCAAGUCCCGGCCUGGAACCCGGCAAGCUGGCCCCGCCGCCCGCCUAUGCCUACGCGGAUGUGGGCCCCCCUGCCGGCGGUGAGCCACUGCAGGCGGAUGGCCUGUGCACCAUGCGCUCCUCACUGGCCGCCCUGGACAACCACUGCGGGGACCCACUGGGGAGCCGCACGGCUUCCGCUGCCUACAGGACCUCGGAGGGCCCGUUCUUCUCCAGCAUGACACUCUGGGGGCUCGCCAUGAAAACUCUGCAGAAUGAGCACGAGCUGGACCAGUGACCCAUGCCACCUGGACGUCUGGCCCUGAGACAGAGGCCAGAAUAUCAGGCACCUACAUCGGGUCCUUUUAAGACAGUCUAUAGGAAUUCAGAUGGUAUUUUUACAGGACUGAAAUGCAUAUCAUUUUUAUUUUAAAAAAUUAAAAAAAUUCUAUUUGUAUAUGAAGCUCCUAACUUAAUUUGAAUAAAUGAAAUUUGGUUUUCUAUCUAA